AUGAUUCAGUUGUCAACGAAUCGAUGUGCAGAUAUUGAUUCAUUUUGCCAAUUAUUGACAAAUGUAACAACAAGUUCGUCUUCUGUCGAAUUCUCUUCAUCAUUGUCUCUUUAUUCGAGCACACCAUUAAGUUUUCCUGCAGCGACAACAGUUUCAAUGAUGUUGACCUAUGAAUCGAGUAUCAUCACAAUAGAGGAGACGUCAGUACCACCUUAUGUGACCAGUACUUUGCUUUUGUUCAAACCAUCGGAUCAAAAUCAACGAUGGAAAGCUAUUGUGGCUAUUAUAAUUCCAUCCAUAUGCAUUUUAAUUUUCAGUUUAACUAUUGUUUAUAUUUUAAAAAGAAAAAAACGAAAUCAAUGCGAUGAACAUUUGGAAAUGAAACAACAUUUUGCACGACAUUGA